CCUGUUUCGUUCUCAAACUAUUUUUUUAACACGUUGAACACAAUAAUGACGAAGAGAAGUAGUCCCAAAAAAGCUGCACCAGAGAAUGAGACCAACAGUAAUAUUUUAGAGGAAUCAAAAAUGACGAAGGCUGCCGCACUUUCGUCUUUAAACAGCCUUGUACCUCAAAUAUUCAUGGAUGCUCAAAAACCUAACCAACAUUUAAGAAGUGAUUCUAUUCGUUUAAGAGACAUCCAAUUGGCAUGUUGUUUGAAUUCCCCACGUUUAAUUGGUGUACGAGAAGAUAUUGAUUAUGAAGGCGAAGAGGCAUUCGUAAAAGAGAUCUUUAGAAACAUCAAUAAGGCAUUGAACAUUAGAAGAAAGGAACCUCAUGCUGACCGAAUUGUCCGGUUCAUUGCAGGAUUUUUACAAUACAACCAACAAAGAGAUGUCACGGCAAAACAAGCGUUAGCUAAACUCAAAGGGCAUAAAAUUCAAUCAGAAGCCGAACCAAAAAUCAACGACGACAACGCCGAAGACGAUAUCACUGAAGAGAAUGACAAUAACCAACAGGUGGAUGAAAAUAUGGAAGACGACCCAAUGAUUGAAGAUGAUGUAUAUGCGGAUAUUCCCUUAGCUUUGGAAACUGAAGUUAUAGAAACCGAAGUUUCAGAAGAAGCCAGUGAAGAUCAAGAAGAGGGAAAUAUGAAAAAUAAUCUAGAAGCUAAUGAGGAAGAGGAAGAUGACGAUGAAGAGGAUAUUGAGACUGUCAGUUCAAGACUUGUGGAAAAGCUCUUGAGGCAUUUAUUAAGAGGGUUCACGGCUAAACUCAAUAACGUGCGUACCCGCUGCUGUCAAAUUGUUGCUCUUAGUAUUGGAUCGAUGGGCGAAAUUGAUGAGGAUCUUUAUCAAGACUUAAAAACUGCAUUAUUUGAACGAAUCAUUGACAAAGAGGCUUCCGUCAGAAUUCAAGCCGCAACCACCCUUUGUCGUUUACAGAGUGCGGAUGCGGAUUUGGAUCCAAUUGAUAACAAGACGAUCUUUCAAAAACUGAUGUGGUCGUUAGAACAUGAUACAAGCGCUGAAGUGCGACGAGUUAUUUUGUUCAACAUCGACCCAGUGGAAGAGGCUUUACCUUACAUCGUUGGAAGAGCUAGGGAUCCCGACGCUACCAAUCGUCGAAUUGUAUAUCUGAAACCCUUAUCAGAUAUACAAGAUUUUAGAAUGCUUAGCUUUGAUGAUCGAAACAAAAUCUUAAAAUGGGGGUUGAGUGACCGUAACAAUCUUGUCAAAAAAGCAGCUACCACUAUGCUUUCGGAAAAAUGGAUUGGACAUGCAAACAACAAUCUUAUUGAGUUUUUAGAGCGCUUAGAAAUCAUGAAUCCUGAAGUUACUGAAAUUGCAGAAGGCGUUUUUAAUGCAUUCUUUACUGCAAGGACGGAUAUCGUGAACGAGAUUACUUUUGAUGCCGAGUUAUGGACUAACUUGACACCCGAAAGUGCUUUUUUGGCCAAGGCGUUGAUCAAGUUUUUACAAAAGGAUGAAAGUUUAGGCGAGAGAUUAGAUAGUAUUUUACCUGAAGUCACACGACAUGCGUUUAAUUUAAAGUACUAUAAUGAUCUGUACCGUUCAUCACCUCAAGAAACCUCAAAUGAGUACGAAUUCAUCACCAGUCAAAUGUUAGAAACUGCAUUAUAUUUGGAUUAUGCCGAUGAAGUCGGAAGAAGAAAAAUGUUUGAACUGUUACGAGAGAUAUUGAAAGCGUGUGAGCUAUCGGAUGAUCAUCUUUCAAAAGUUGUUCAAAUAUUUCGUCUAAUUUCUUUGGAUGAGCGCGAUUUCACAAGAACCAUUAUCGAAAUUAUAUCAGAUAUUCAGGAACAAAUGGAACCGCCACUAGAUUUGGAGGAGGCUCCUGCAAAGCGAUCACGAUUGGAUGAAUCUCUUUCUACACAAAGUACUGAGGAGUCUGAAUCUAUAACCGCUACUAGUGAAAUAUCAGAUAUGAAAAUUCUUGUCAUCAGACUUCGAUGUCUUAGUAUUUGUAAAAGAAUGCUUGAAAACAGUCAAGAGUCAUUAAUUGAAAACUCCAACUUGUACGGUUUGCUGAACGAUUUGAUUGUACCAGCCGUUCAGACUUCAGAUGCUGUUUUACGCGAAGAAGGAUUACAUUGUCUAGGUCUAUGUUGUACAUUAGAUAAGGCACUUGCUCAGUACAACAUUGCCCUAUUUUUGCAAUGUAUCAAAAGUGGUCACGAGGAAUUAAUGAAAAAGGCCAUCAUGAUCUUAUUUGAUUUGAUGAUGACAUAUGGCGUCCAAAGUCUAACUGCGCAAGGUUCCAAUCCUGAUGAAAUUAGAGAGGUAUUUGAAUUCUGCUUAGAUCAUGAUAGUCCUGAAAUCCAAUCGAUCACGACUAUAGGUUUAGCUAAAUUGAUGCUCGCAAAAAGAUUCCAUGAUGACGAGAUUUUGCGUCUCAUGAUACUUUUAUACUUCUUUCCAACCGUGGAACCUGUAAAUAACAAGAUCCAACAAUGUCUAACUUAUUUUUUCCCAGCCUACUGUUACUCCUCAGCAGACCAUCAAAAGUUUUUUUCUAAUGUCACCAUUCCAGCUUUAGAAGAACUUUGCAAUACACAUAUGGAUUUACAAGAAGACGAAAUAAUGGUGAAUCCUAGUCAGAUUGCCGAUAUGUUAGCCGAUUGGACAGAUCCCCGUAAACUUGCAAAUUUGCAUUUAAAAGAUUUUUCAACAGAUAACGAGAAGCCAUCCGAUAUACCAGGUUGUCUUGCUAUCGAAGCAUUGAAUAUAAUCCACACCGAACGCACAGGUUUAAAGAGAAAGACCAUGGCUCACUUUUUGUUGAAGUUACCCUUGGAAAAAUUGGAUUUAACACAACUUUUGGAAAUCCAAAGAUUGAUUAACUCUAUCAACACUGAUUGUCCAAUCAAAGAAUAUGCAACCCGUAAUGCCGUGACAAAAUUAUUAAAUACGAUUAACAUUGCCAUUGAAGACGGAGAAAGUAUUUCGGGGACGCGACGUAACUCCAAACAGCCUACACCACAAAUAGAAAGUAGACAGCAAAGUCCAAUGGACGAUACAUCACCGAUUCCUAUUGAAGACGCGCCACAAAAUCCACGCCCUGCGGUAAAAAGCCCACAAAAAGAUGCAGAAAGCGGCUCAGAAAGUGAAGUUGAAGCUGAACCAGAAAAAGAACAGGAAAGUGAGCCUGAUAAUGAAGCGGAAAGUGGGCCUGAAAACGAAGCAGAAAGUGUGUCCCAAAGCGAAUCUGAAAGUGAGGAGGAAAGCGACGAGGAAAGUGAGUUUGAAUAUCCAUAAGCCAAUAAAAAGUGAACUAGCUAGUUCGUAUCCUAGGUUAAAAAA